GUCUGUCAAAGUGAAAUGGAAGAGAAAUCCUAGUGUGGUCUCAUGGUCUGUGUCGGUGUCGGUGGUAGUGCCAUAGUUAAUUCUCAGAGACCAGAGACGCAGUCGGGUUAAGAUCGAACACGAUAAACUUUAAAAAAAAAUCUUUUUAUUCGUUAGUAUUAAUUUAUAUAUUUAUUUUAUAGUAUUUUUUUAUUUGAUGUAAUUGUCAAGUGUGCGCGAGGUGAGUGUGCGCGACAAUAAAAUACUAGAGACGUCUCCUUUUUUUUUUUCACUCUGGUAUGGAAUAGCACCAGGAUACCGUUGGAUCGUUGACGUAUACACUGAGAGUAAAAUAAUUACUACGACCGUUUACUUAUAUAUUUAAUUGUGUUGUGAGUUUACAAUAAUAAUAAUAAUAAUAAUAAUAAUAGUAUUUGUAGGAUAGAUAUUUUAUUGAUAACAUUUUACAAGACAGUACUUGAUUUUGAAUUUAUACAAACGCAUUGAUAACGUGAUGUCUUGAUAACAAAUUAUAAAAUUAUUUUAAAUAAUUACUUAAUAAUUAUACAGUUGAGAUAAAUAAAUAUUGGAGCAUCAAAGCUGUAUACAGAAGACAUAUUGAGAAGCCGAGGAUCCUCGUGAAUGAUUUCGUUGACUAGGAACGAUUGACAGAUUGGGAAGAAUGGUAGGGGGACUUCCUAGCGGAUGGAUGAGGAAAGUUCUUCUUUUCCUCGUCCUUAUUACUGGAAUCCUACUGAUUGCAAUGUAUGCUCAUGCACCACCACUGGUAUCGCUUCAACCUUUUGCUCCCAGAAGAACCUUCAAUACUCCGUGGUCGUGGGUCUGUGUAGCUGGAAGAUGUGAAAGACGUGCAGUAAAAACAUCCCAACGAUCUUUAGGAUCUUGCACAGCAACUUGCGGUGGAAAUAGUAGAUUGCUGUGGCCAAAACCAACAGGUGAUGUGGUACUUGGUGAAGAUAGUGUGAUGUUAAGUUCUCAGCAAAUCGAAUUUGUUACUAUCAGUACGAGUGACCAUGAUGUCAAAAAUUCACUCGAACAUGCCAAAGAUAUUUUUAUUGGAAACAUUAGAAAUUUAGAAAAAACUCCAACUUCAAAAGGACAAUCGACCAUCGAUAGUUUUGUGAUAUAUUUAAGUGCAGGUGACGGACGCGAAACAAAACUAAUGUUAGAUACCGAUGAGUCAUACAGACUUGAAGUUAAAAUGAAUAAUAAAAAUCUUGAGGGAAGAAUAACAGCAAAUAGUUAUCACGGAGUACGACAUGGUCUAGAAACGUUGAGUCAAUUGUUCUGGUGGGACGAGAUAGCGGGAAAACAAGGAGGACUUCGAGUUCUUUCAAACGUCUAUGUCACCGACAAACCCGCAUUUCACUAUCGCGGAUUGUUGAUCGAUACUGGUAGACAAUUUUUUUCAAUUGAACAAUUAAAGCGAGUUGUCGAUGGUAUGGCAGCAUCAAAACUUAAUACUUUUCACUGGCAUCUGACAGACUCACAAAGUUUUCCAUUUGAUUCAACAAAUUUUCCCCAAAUGGCACGAUGGGGAGCUUACAGUGCUGAAGAAACUUAUUCACCAGGUGAUAUUAAAGAUCUUGUAGAUUACGCAAGAAUACGAGGAAUAAGAAUCAUCGUCGAGAUUGAUAGUCCAGCUCACGCUGGUGCUGGAUGGCAGUGGGGUCCAGAGCAUGGGUUGGGCGAAUUAGCUCUGUGCGUUGAUCAGGAACCUUGGUCGUCUUAUUGCGGUGAACCCAACUGCGGACAAUUGAAUCCUAUCAACAAACACACUUAUAAAAUAAUUGAAGAACUUUAUAAAGAAUUAUUAGAUAUUACGGAAGUACGUGAUAUUAUACAUCUCGGUGGAGAUGAAGUCAAUCUUGAUUGUUGGGCGCAGUACAGUAAUAUCACACAAGCAAUGCAAGCACAAAAUUUCACAGACCUUCAUUCACUGUGGGCUGACUUUGAGGGUAAAAUUUACCAACGAAUCGUUCAUGCUAAUCAUGACAAAACACCCAAAGCUGCUAUUUAUUGGAGUUCGCCGUUGACUAAACGUCCGUGGAUUACUUCACAACCAUUUGAUCCGAAGUUACACGUCAUACAGUCCUGGGGCGGCAGCACUUGGCCGGAGACUGGUGAUCUUUUGGAAGAUGGAUUCAGGGUGAUUUUGUCGCAUGUCGAUGCGUGGUAUUUAGACUGUGGGUUCGGUAAAUGGAGAGAAACUGGCGAAGCCGCGUGUGGAGAAUAUCGCACGUGGCAAACUGUUUACAAUCAUCGACCUUGGAGAGAUUAUCCGUCCUCGAUACAUUUAAUAAUGGGGGGUGAAGCGGCACUUUGGAGCGAACAAAUUGGACAGGCUUCACUUGGACCUCGACUAUGGCCCAGAGCUUCGGCGUUUGCUGAAAGAUUAUGGAGUGAUCCACCGGGUUCAGGAUAUGUCACUGAAGAAACUGUUUACACAAGAUUAGCUGCUCAUAUUGAUCUCUUACAGACACGUGGUCUUAAAACUGAAGCAAUGUGGCCGCAAUGGUGCAGUCAUAAUCCUGGUAAAUGUCUCUGACCGCGUUUAAAAUAAAAUAAAUAUCUUUUAUGUAGAGUUAUUGGUAAUUUUAAGUGUAAAAAAAAACACUUAAUGUAAAAAAAAAAUUCGUAAUUUCAUAAGCGGUAAAUUUUUUUAAACGAUAAUUGUAAAUAGUGAAACAUAAUAUGAUAAUUUUUUAUAAUUCAGGCUGUUCAAUUUGUAAAUUGUUAAUAUAUAUAGUAAAUUUAUUUGUCAUCGUGUGCUUAAAUUAGAAAAUCGCAUCGAAAUUUAAGCUUUGGUACACGAAUUUAAGUAUAUUAGAUAAAUUUAAAUUUAAAUCAAGAACAAAAGUAAAAUAAAUAGUUGAUUAAAUUAUAAAAGACAUUUUAAAUUUAUUGUUAGUUUCUGUCAUUGAGUCUGAGAACAAAAUUGUAGAUUUUUAUACAUAAAAAAAAUGAAAAAAAAAAUGAAAUUAAUAGUUAGAUUAGAAGUAUGUGGCCACAUAAAGUUUUUUAUCAAUAAAUAUUUAAUAGGUAUUUUCUUUUUUAUUGAUAAAGAUCUUUAUUUAAAGUACAUUAAAGGACGUACAUAAUUUUCUUAAUAGUUAAAGUUAUUAUUAUUCAGAUUUAUAGUUGAAAAUUUUUAAGUUUUUUUAAAAAAAAAUCGAACACAAUAUAUCAAUGGUUGUUAUUUACUAUCAAAUGUAAAUGUUUUGGCGAUAAAUUCAGACUUUAUCAAGUUCUAAAACAAAUAUUUAUUUAGUUGUACAUUAAUAAAAUAUACGUCUUAUACAAAUAUAUGACGAUAAUACCUUGACUUGACACAGCCACUUGUUACACUAAAAAAUUGGGAGUGAUUACGGAUUUUAUUUAAAUUCGAAUUCACCGUCACUGAGAGUUCCGGAAUUUAAAAAAAAAUCACUCGACAUACGGAGUAAAUAUGGGGUUUGUUUUUUUUAGCUGAGUGAUUUCAGAGUGAUUUCGAUUUUAUUUAAAUCUGCAUUCAUUCCUAGCCGAGUUUUUAAUAUUAAAUUAAACUCCCCUUCGGAGUGAAUAAAAAAAUCACAGUCAUCUGCUCCGCAUUCACUUCCGAUUUACUCUACGUUCACUCUGCAAAUUUUUGACAGUUUAUCGAAGUAUUAAAUGCUAAUUACUUAUAUGAAAUUGCAGUCUGAAGUCAACGUUAUUGUUAUGAUAUAUUUAUAUAAAAUUUAGUAUAUUUUACUAAUAUAUUGUCCUGUAUUUUUUUUAAGAGCUUGAUAAAAUUUAAAUUUGUAGAUAAAAUAUUGCAACCUGACUUCCUGUGUUCAAUUUUUCUUUAAAAGAAAAAUUAAAAAUUUUGAAAUAGUAUUAUUUUGAGCGUGUGAAAGACAGUUUUUUUAUAUAUAAAUAUAAAUGAUAAUAAAUAGCAAAAAAGUGAGAUAAUAAAUUUUUUGCUCAUAAAUAUUAUAUAUCAAAACAAAGUAUAAAUAUUAAUUAUUAUUGUUGGCAUUUUAUUCUUAGUGCCUUUCCAAGACUAAGUUUUCUAUUAUUAAAAUAUAAAUGAAUUAUGCAACAAAAAUAAUAAUAAAUAUCAACGAAAAACUAAUAAUUUUAAAAUGCCGUGAAAAAAAUUAAAAGUUAAAUUUGUAAAAAAAAAACAACAAAAUGUAAAAUUAAAUUAAUGUCAAUAGUUAAAUUUACGUGUGCAAUUUUUCAUGAUAAAAAAAUGCUGCUUAAUUAUUAAGUAAAUGGAAAAACAUAAUAACCGAGUAUUGAUGAAUGAACAAAUCAUAAUAACAAUUAUAAUAAUUUAAUAAGCAAAAAUAAGUAUUAUAAAAAAAAAAGAAAAAUUAUAUUAACUUACGAUAAAUUAAAUUAAUAUUAAUUAAUAAAUUGAUUUUUUUUUUUAAUUUAUAUUUGUUGAACUUAAAAGUGUAAUAUAGUGUAUGAUAAGAUUACUUAUGAGCGUUAUUAUAAAAAUGUUAUUUUAGAUUUUUUUUUUGUUAAUUUAAUAAUUAUUUUUUGAUAAAUAAAAUUUUUUUUAUACAAUAAUUAAGGCCGAGAUAACUUAAUUUAAAAAAUUCCAUUACAAAGUAAUGUAUUAAUUUAUUAAUUAUUAUUAAAUAAUUAUUUGUUGUAAGUUUAUAUAAUUAUAUUAUUUAAUUGAGUUGUAUAAUUGGGUUGUAUUUUUCUGAAUGAAUUUUUUUUUCUUAAAUAAAUAGGGUAGAGGUAACUUUUAUGGUCACUUGAGGCCCAGUUUUGGAUACUCAAAAAAAUUAACUAAAAUAAUUUGUAAGAAAUGCAAUGACAGUUAAUGUUGAAAAAGUGUUGACUAUUCUGAACAUCAAAAUGUGACACAUUGAUACAUUUUUUUAAACGAUUUUUAAACUUAAAAAAAAUACCCAAGUAGCAUAGAGAGAAUUUUAAGAUGUCAUAAAGAUUUCUUUCAAAAGGACAACAAUUUUUUUUUGUCUCAAAGCCAAGUUUGUUUGUAUAAAUAAGACCUACAGAUAUUGGCCCUAUAAGUCACAGGAAAUUUGUCUUCUGUUUUCCGUCCUAAAAAAAUCAUUUCAAUUAAAAAAUCGUUUGAAUGACUUAUUUUACCAUUAUUUGUAAUUUACUUUUUGUCGUCACUUUUGUAAAGUCUUUUAAGCAGAUAUUUUUUUGAUGACAUAAAUUUCUGAUCAUUUUGUCAACAUUUUGGUGCUUUAUCGAUAAGUCAAAAAACAGCCGCAAAACUUUUAUCUUAUAGUUAUCACAAAGCCAAGCAUGCUACUUGGGUACAAAGAAAAAAACUAUUGACUUAAUACUCUAAAUUAACUUUUUUCGACUGUUUUGUAAACUUUUUUUAACUCUUCAUUAAAAGUGCAAGGUUUAAAAAAAAUUUUCAGUGCAACAUACGUUCAGAAAAAGCUGAUAUUGAACUAUUUCUGAACUUUUUUUUUUUAUCAUAUCUUAAUAAUAUUAGAAUAUUCAUUGAUUGCUCACUUGAAUUUUCAAAAGUUUAAAAAAUGUUCAAAGAAAAUUCGUCGUGUCACGUUUUGAAUUUUAGAAUAUUGUCCGGCUUUUUAACAAUUUUUUUUACACGGGACGUUCAAAGAUACUUGAAUUACACUGUAGAGCAAUGAAAAUUUAAAAAAAAUUUAAUUUUUAAUCAAAGCAAAGUACUAAGUGCCCAUAAAUGGUGCAGUGGCUUCAAACGGCACUUCUACCCCUUUAUUAACAAAUAAGUAUAACAAAAAAAGAUAUACGUAGAAUGUGAUUAAGCUAUUAUUAAGCUACCUUUUAUACCUGGAUUAGACUUAGAUAAUUAAAAAAAAAUGGCCUAUUGAUAAUUAUUAUUAGAUGAUAAAUAAAUAUUGUAAUAUAAAUAAUUAUGAAGAUGUGUACAUUUGUAUUUGUACAUAAAAUUCAAGAGUAACAAUGACAUGUACUUAUGAAUUUUUAUUGAUGUAUUUAUAGCACGUGGGAGAAUAAUAACAAUUGAUAUUAUUCAUUAUCGUGUUAAUAAUAGCAGUGAUUAAAUAAAUAUUAUUAAUUGCUGAUUAAUGCCAUACGCCUGUCAAUAAAUAAAAUUUAUAAUAUAAAAGUACAUUUAAUUUAAUAAUAACUCUGAAAGAAUCAUAAUAAGCGGUCAUAAUAAAAAAAUUAUUUGUACAAAUUUUUUACUAACUUCGUAACACUAAAUUAUUUUAUCAUGCACGAAAUAAUUAAUUAUAAUAAU